GGUGGUCUUUUGUGGGAGGUUUUGGAACUUCAGGCAUUACAUUUGGAGGUCCCACCGAGAUCUCCCCCGAGCCCACCAGACUCCUGGUCAACGGGUCAUAUCUGAUUCCGAUCGCUUUUCCCUUGACCCGACCCUCACAGGAUGGCUGGGACUACAACACGGCAGAAGACCCGGACUUGGAUACCCCCCUCCAUGACUGCGCUGAGAUAUUGGCACAGGUUCAUGGAGUUCGGGAAGAUUUACAGGAUCAUCCGCUACCAGACGCCGAGGUUACCUGGUUCACUGACGGCAGCAGCUUUGUACAUCAGGGUCAAAGAUACCUUUUCAGGAUGGACAGAGGCCUUCCCCACCAAGCAUGAGACUCCGCAGGUAGUAGCAAAGAAAAUGUUGGAAGACAUCAUGCCCAGGUACGGAUUCCCUACCCUAAUAGGAUCAGACAACGGGCCAGCAUUCAUUUCAAAGCACACCCACCAGGAAGUUUGGCCCAGAUUGAGAGCCAUUUAUGAGAACGGGCCCCCUCCUGAGCCGCAUCACUACCGACCCGGAGAUUGGGCAUAUGUGCGGAGACACAAGCAAGAGACCCUCCAACCACGGUGGAAGGGACCCUACAUUGUGAUCCUAACCACACCCACUGCUCUCAAAGUCGACGGGAUUGCUACCUGGAUCCAUUACACCCACACCCGACCAGCUGAUCCCUUUGCGGUUCGAGAAGACUUCGUGCCAGAAGCCAACACUGCCUGGACGGUUGACCAGAGUAAGACCCAUCCUUUAAAAUUGACUCUGCGUCGAAAACCUGACCCCGAAAACCGGCUGAGACCAAAGGCCUGGGUGUCCCAUACCAAGACUGUUGCUGCAGCUCUGGACCCACAAUGAUCGGAGGAACACUCAUUAUCGUGCUCCUGUUCACCUCCUAUGGACUGAUAAGUAUUGCAGGCAACCCCCAUAUACCCUAUACUUUAACUUGGGAGGUUUCUAAUUUAGAAACCCAGGAAGUCUAUAAUA